GGGACUCCUAAAAUAUUAUAAUUGUAAAAUAGUUUCACGUGAAAGUGAAAACAUGUGCUAUUUAAUAAUAGUUCUGGCUGUAAUUGCCGUUUUGGCGGGAGCUUUGUUCUUUUUCUUGGAUAAUAAAAUCUUGUAUAAAGACUUGAAAGGGAAACAUGUUGUUGUUACCGGUGGCUCCAGCGGAAUCGGCAAAGCUGCUGCUAUGGAAGCCGCUCGAUUGGGAGCUCAUGUUACGAUUAUAGGUCGCGACGUAGGUAAACUGAAUGCUGCUGUGAGUGAAAUAUCCUCACAAGCCAAAGAAGGUCAAAAAAUUCAGCAUGCGUCUCUCGAUUUAACCUCGGAUUACGAAUCGGUACAAAAAUGUCUUUCGACCUUAGAAACAGACAUAGGUUCAAUAUUUAUGCUAAUAAACUCAGCAGGAAUGUGUAUUUGCGGACAGUUUGAAACAAUGAAAGUGCAGGAUAUAAAAAAGUUGAUUGAUUUGAACUACUUUGGCACUGCGUACCCGACUUACUAUGUUUUGUCUGGGAUGAAGAAAAGGAAUGAAGGAUUGAUUGUAUUUGUUUCAUCUGAAGCUUCUUUGAUUGGUAUCUAUGGCUAUAGUGCUUACAGUGCUGGCAAAUGGGCAGUGAGAGGGCUGGCAGAAGCCAUAUUCAUGGAGCUAGUGGGUACUAAUGUCAGACUGACAUUAGCCUUUCCCCCAGACACUGACACGCCUGGAUUUGCAAAUGAAGAAUUGACUAAACCAAAGGAGACUAAACUGAUAUCUGGAUCAGCUGGAUUGUCCUCUCCUGAAUAUGUUGGAAGGAAGAUUGUCCAUGAUUCUUUGAAUGGCAAGUUGUACUCUGUUUUUGGCCUUAGUGGCAAGCUGAUGACAAUACUUUACUGUGGAGCUGUUGAAAGUGUGGGUCAAGUGCUGCUUCAAAUUUUUACCAUGGGUUUAUUAAGAGCCAUUAUGGUACCUGUUAUGUUGUCGUUCCAUAAGAUUGUUAGAGAUGGUUUGAAGGAAAAGCAGAGUGAAACUUUGAAGAAUAAGUAACCUAACAUUUGCAUUUAAUUAAUGGUUUGUAGAAGUUACUUUGUACUGCAAUGCAACAACAGUAAAUGUACGCCAAAAGUAUUAUGUUCCAUAAGCUUUGUUAUAUAUAGGACCUGGGCCAAAAUGUUUAAACCCUUUUCAGAAAUUAGUAUGUAUGAUCAAUUUCUUAUUCUUCAAUUGUUGACUUUUGUUAUUUCUUAUCCUUAUUGCAUUCUAUGUACUUCAAUUUUAAUUUUAACUAUUUGUCCACAAAUUGUAAUAAAGUAGGUAAGGUAAACUGCAUUUUAGAAUUGCGUGUGAAGUACAAAAUUUAUGCUUUUAUUUUUCUAAAGUUUUUGGAGAUAAAAAAAAA